CAUUUUGAACCCUCCUCUCCGGAGACCCAUGAGACAAUAGCGCCAUCCGUAGCAAAGUAAAACAACAAUACCAAGAUGCCUACCGUAGCUCUAGACAAAGACCAGUUCUUUGCCCAUCUGGGUCGAACCUACACGGACGAUGAGUUCGACGAGCUUUGCUUCGAAUUCGGGGUCGAGCUCGACGAGAUCACGUCGGAACGAGAAGAAGCAGAGAAAUCCAGCGCCGGAAAAAUGAGCAAGAAGGAGCUCGCUGCCUUUUCCGACAGGGUUAUUUAUAAGAUCGAUGUUCCCGCCAACCGAUACGAUUUGCUGUGCGUCGAGGGAUUGUGCCGAGGACUGCGCAUCUUUUUGGGAGACCAGGAAGCCCCCGAGUACACGAUCGUAGACCCCGAAACACCGGGGGCGACGCUGACCGUCAAGAAGUCCAACACCGAUACCAUCCGUCCGUUCGUAGUGGCCGCGAUUCUGAAGGACAUUACCUUCACACAGGAACGAUACGAUUCCUUCAUCGACCUGCAGGACCAGCUCCACCGCAACCUUUGCCGCCAGCGAACCCUCGUGGCCAUCGGAACGCACGACCUGGAUUCCGUGGAAGGCCCCUUUGUCUACGACGCCCGGCCACCCGCCGACAUCGACUUUGUUCCCCUCACCCCCAGCGAUAAGGGAUCCUUUAAGGGUGGUGAUCUCAUGAAUUAUUACGAGACCGAGGUUUCCGCCAAGCACCUGAAACCCUACGUGCCCAUCAUCAAGGACUCCCCGUUGUAUCCAGUCAUUGUCGAUGCCCAGGACCGUGUUCUGUCCCUUCCUCCCAUUAUCAACGGAGACCACUCGAAGAUCACGCUGGACACGAAAAAUGUUUUCAUUGAAUGUACUGCUACCGAUCUGACCAAGGCGAACAUUGUCCUGGACACGGUCCUCACAAUGUUCAGCGAGUACUGCGCCGCACCGUUUACCGUGGUCCCCGUCCAGGUCGAGUACCACGACGAUUCCGGGAGCGUCGUGGACUCCUACCUCACGCCCAAGCUAUCGGUGCGACGGGAGCAGGCCAAGAUCGACUUUUGCAACUCGCUGAUCGGCGUCAAUCUCAGCGCGGCAGAGAUCCAGACCCUUUGCAACAAGGUCCAGCUCGGACCCGCAAACCUGCUGGAAAACGACACCCUCCUCGAGGUUACCGUCCCGCCCACGAGAUCGGACAUUCUCCACGCUGUUGACAUUGCCGAGGACAUUGCCAUUGCAUACGGUUACAACAACAUCGUCAAGCGGGUCCCCAAGACCAACACGGUCGGCGGGGCCGAGCCGCUCAACCAGGUCGGCGACCUGCUGCGCGAGGAAAUUGGCCGGGCGGGAUACACGGAGGUCCUGACCCACGGCUUGUGCAGCAUUCACGACAACUUCACCGCCCUGCGGUGCCCGGUGCGGGAGGACUGGGCCGUAUCGCUGUCGAAUCCCGCCAACAUCGAAUACGAGGUCUGCCGCACGACCUUGCUGCCGGGAUUGCUCAAGACCUUUCAACACAACAAAUCGGCCUCCUUUGCGAACGGCUUCAAGCUCUUCGAGAUCAGCGACGCCGUGCUCGUGGACCGGGAAAACGUCGUCACGGACACGAUCGUCGGGGCGCGAAACGUCCGAAAGCUGGCCGCUGCCUACGCCGGUCCGACGUCGGGAUUCGAGAUCAUCCACGGACUGGUCGACAGGGUGAUGACCCUGAUCGAGGUGGCGCCCGAGGCUUCCUACGUUGCCACCUCCGGGAAGAAGUCCUCCGCCACGGGAGGAGCCGACGAAGAAAUGUACCGGAUCAGCCGGGAGGGAUGGUUCUACACCAUUGCUCCCCUGGACUACGACGGCGACGCCCACGAAGCCAAGAUGUAUUUCCCGGGUCGUGCCGCGCAAAUCUUGUUGACGAAGCCAAACUGCUCGGAAAAGAUCCGUGUCGGAACCUUUGGCAUCUUGCAUCCAUUGGUCUUGAAGAACUUCGAUAUCCAAUACCCUUGUUCGGUGGUAGAGAUCAACCUGGAGGAAUUGAUGUAACGAAAUAAUAGUUCGGAAUAAAUAAAACAGCAUACA